UGAGUAAAUUAAUUUCAGAUUUUGACCUAAGAAUUUGUCUAUUAUAAAAGCCUUUAACUUAGUUUAACAAGCUCCAUCAUCUUCAUUUUACAGAAACUCAAAUCAACCUUUCAAACUCCAUUAAAUUCCAUGGCCGAUGAUUCUAAGCUACACAUCGCACUCUUUCCAUGGCUAGCUUUCGGUCACAUGAUUCCAUAUUUAGAGUUAGCCAAACUUUUAGCUCAAAAAAAUCACAAAAUCUCAUUCAUUUCAACUCCUCGAAACAUCGACCGUCUCCCUAAACUUCCUCCGAAUCUCUCCCCUUUCAUAACAUUCGUCAAGAUUCCGCUGCCACGUACUGAUCAGAUUCCUGAAGAUGCUCAGGCGACGACUGAUCUUCCAUUCGACAAAGUCCAGUACCUUAAGAAAGCAUACGACUGUCUUGAACAGCCAUUGAAAACAUUUCUUGAAAAUUCUGAUGUUGAUUGGUUGUUUUAUGAUUUUACGGCUUUUUGGCUACCGGAAAUCGCCAGAAGUCUCGGAAUUUCAAACGGGUUUUUUAGUAUCUUCUUGGGCGCUUCGUUGGGAAUGUUUGUGAAACCAGCUUCAUUUGAGGAUGAUGAUCGUGUUACACCUGAACAAUUUACAGUUCCGGCGAAAUGGGUUAGUUUUCCGACCAACGCUGCUUUUAAGCUGUUCGAAGUCGUCAGGAUUUUUGAAUCUGUGGCCGGUGAUGCGUCUGAUGUUUCUGAUUUUUUUCGUGUGGCCGAGGUAGUUAAAGGUUGUGAUCUGAUUGUUGUAAGAAGCUGCAUGGAUUUUGAACCAGAAUGGCUGAAUCUAAUGCAGGAGAUUCAUGAGAAACCAUGUCUACCUGCCGGUAUGCUUCCGACUACAGAAUAUGAUGGCGGAGAAGAAAUAGAGGAGUGGAUUCCGAUCAAACAGUGGCUUGAUAAGCAAGAUAAAGCUUCUGUAGUGUACGUAGCAUUCGGUAGUGAAGCGAAACCGAGUCAAGACGAGUUAAACGAGAUUGCUCUCGGCCUCGAGUUAUCAGGGCUUCCAUUCUUUUGGGUGCUGAGAAACCGUAGAGGGUUAAUCGAUACUGAAGUAAUCAAACUACCCGAUGGGUUCGAGGAGCGAACCAAAGAGCGUGGCGUGGUCUGCACCAGUUGGGCUCCUCAGCUCAAGAUUUUAGCUCAUGACUCGGUGGGUGGGUUCUUGACUCACUCAGGAUGGAGUUCAGUGGUGGAAGCGAGUCAAUAUGCGAGACCUCUUAUACUACUCACAUUCUUAGCUGAUCAAGGGAUCAAUGCUAGAAUUUUGGAGGAGAAAAAAAUGGGAUAUCCAAUACCAAGAAACGAGUUUGAUGGAUCGUUUACGGGUGACUCAGUAGCCGAGUCGUUGAAAUUGGUGAUAGUGAAAGAUGAAGGUAAGAUUUAUAGAGACAAAGCCAAGGAGAUGAGAAUUCUUUUUGGAGAUAGAGGAAGACAAGAUAUUUAUGUUAACAACUUGCUUGAUUAUCUUAAGACAAAUAAGCAAGCAAAAGCUAUGGUUAAUUAACAUGUAAUAAUAAGAUCAAACUGGUACUAUGUGAUUGUUUUAAACUUUAUUUUCUUGUUCCAUGUAUCUGAAUCUUUAUUUUAAGAAUCGAACCGAACCGACCUAUUCAACUGA